CUAAUAUAGAUAAUACUUUUGAAAAUGAUAUGGCAAAAUUUUGAUGAAAUGGGAAAUUUGAAAAUUCAAAAUUUUGUUGAUGUAAAUCAGUGCCCCUUUCAGAAAACAAUUUUGCAAUUUGUAUCAGUCCUUUAAGGGUCAGGUAUGUUUAACCCACUGUAUCAAUCAGAAGGUGGAAGCUGUGCCAGUAUUUUCCUUUCUAAAAUUCUCUCCUGAGGACAUGGUCAGAAAUUUGUAUUAAAGAUUUAUAGGUAAACAGAAGUCUUUAUUUCAGAGUUGUUUAUGAUAGUAGAAACCUAGAACCAGUCCAACUUCCAACAGUGAAAGCAUGGCUAAGUAAAGUGAGGUACAAUGUCUGUACAAAAUUGUUACGAAUAAAAUGAAAGGAAAAAAGAGUAAAGAAAUCAUUUCAGAAUAUUAAUAGUAGUUGUCUUUGGUGGACUUACAAGUGAUUUUUUUUAUGCUUUUCUGUAUUUUCCUGUUGAAAAAUAUUUUUUAAGAAAAAUUUAUGGUGGACUUUAAGAAUUUCCUGUAAGAUACUUAGCUUCCAAAUCAUAUUAAAAUAUGAAAGGAAAUAACACAUUUAAUCUGAGAAGGCAUAAUAAGAGAGAGUACUGGAACUAUUUAAAAGCAUGAAAUAAGAUGAAAUAAGUAGAAUAUAAAAUUGAAUAUAUGUGGUUGUAGAAAACUGUAUGCAUAGAUAAGCAGAAAAUAAGUGAAAAUUGAUCUGAGGGAAUUUUUUAGUGAUAGUAUGAGCUUUUUUCUUUUUUCAAAAUUGUGUUUAUUCCAUUGUUAUAAUUUUUGAGAACAGAAGGAAAUCAGUGCUUUUAAAAAAAAAAAAUGUGACUAUGGUUAUGGGCUUCCUUGGUAGCUCAGAUGGUAGAGAAUCUGUCUGCAGUACAGGAGACCCACGUUCGAUCCCUGGGUCAGAAAGAUCCCCAGAGAAGGGAAUGGCAGCCCAUUCCAAUAUUCUUGCCUGGAGAAGGCCAUGGAGUUGCAAAGAGUCAGACAUGACCAAACAACUAAUGCUUUCACUUUCAUAGUUAUAUAUUCCCAAAGUUAGAAACAUUUGCAAUUUACUGGAUUACAUGACAUGUUUUCAUUGCUUUCACUACUUCCUUUUUUAAAAAUUGUGUUGAAGUAUAGUAGGAAGUCGAGAAACAGGCAGAUUUGGCCUUGGAGUACAGAAUGAAGCAGGGUAAAGGCUAAUAAGAGUUUUGUCAAGAGAACGCACUGGUCAUAGCAAACACCCUCUUCCAACAACACAAGAGAAGACUCUACACAUGGACAUCACCAGAUGGUCAACACUAAAAUCAGAUUGAUUAUAUUCUUUGCAGCCAAAGAUGGAGAAGCUCUAUACAGUCAGCAAAAACAAGACCAGGAACUGACUGUGGCUCAGAUCAUGAACUCCUCAUUGCCAGAUUCAGACUUAAAUUGAAGAACGUAGGGAAAACCACUAGACCAUUCAGGUAUGACCUAAAUCAAAUCCCUUAUGACUAUACAGUGGAAGUGAGAAAUAGAUUUAAGGGACUAGAUCUGAUAGACAGAGAGCCUAAUGAACUAUGGACGGAGGUUUGUGACAUUGUACAGGAGACAGGGAUCAAGACCAUCCCCAUGGAAAAGAAAUGCAAAAAGGCAAAGUGGUUGUCUGAGGAGGCCUUACAAAUAGCUGUGAAAAGAAGGGAAGUGAAAAGCAAAGGAGAAAAGGAAAGAUAUUCCCGUUUGAAUGCAGAGUUCCAAAGAAUAGCCAGGAGAGAUAAGAAAGCCUUCCUCAGCUAUCAAUGCAAAGGAAUAGAGGAAAACAAUAGAAUGGGAAAGACUAGAGAUCUCUUCAAGAAAAUUAGAGAUAUCAAGGGAGCAUUUCAUACAAAGAUGGGUUCUAGAAAGGACAGAAAUGGUAUGGACCUAACAGAAACAGAAGAUAGCAAGAAGAGGUGGCAAGAAUACACAGAGGAACUGUACAGAAAAGAUCUUCAAGACCCAGAUAAUCACAAUGGUGUGAUCACUCACCUAGAGCCAGACAUCCUGGAAUGUGAAGUCAGGUGGUCCUUAGAAAGCAUCACUACGAACAAAGCUAGUGGAGGUGAUGGAAAUCCAGUUGAGCUAUUUCAAAUCCUGAAAGAUGAUGCUGUGAAAGUGCUACACUCAAUAUGCCAGCAAAUUUGGAAAACUCAGCAGUGCCCACAGGACUGGAAAAGGUCAGUUUUCAUUCCAAUUCCAAAGAAAGGCAAUGCCAGAGAAUGCUCAAACUACCGCACAGUUGCACUCAUCUCACACGCUAGUAAAGUAAUGCUCAAAAUUCUCCAAGCCAGGCUUCAGCAAUACGUGAACCGUGAACUUCCAGAUGUUCAAGCUGGUUUUAGAAAAGGCAGAGGAACCAGAGAUCAAAUCGCCAAUAUCCGCUGGAUCAUUGAAAAAGCAAGAGAGUUCCAGAAAAACAUCUAUUUCUGCUUUAUUGACUAUCCCAAAGCCUUUGACUGUGUGGAUCACAAUAAACUGUGGAAAAUCCUGAAAGAGAUGGGAAUACCAGACCACCUGACCCACCUCUUGAGAAACCUGUAUGCAGAGUACAUCAUGAGAAACACUGGGCUGGAAGAAGCACAACCUGGAAUCAAGACUGCCGGAAGAAAUAUCAAUAACCUCAGAUAUGCAGAUGACACCACCCUUAUGGCAGAAAGUGAAGGUGAACUAAAAAGCCUCUUGAUUAAAGUGAAAGAGGAGAGUGAAAAAGUUGGCUUAAAGCUCAACAUUCAGAACACUAAGAUCAUGGCAUCUGGUCCCAUCACUUUAUGGGAAAUAGAUGGGGAGAGAGUGGAAACAGUGUCAGACUUUAUUUUUUGGGGCUCCAAAAUCACUGCAGAUGGUGACUGCAGCCAUGAAAUUAAAAGAUGCUUACUCCUUGGAAGGAAAGUGACGACCAACCUAGAUAGCAUAUUAAAAAGCAGAGACAUUACUUUGUCAACAGAGGUCCGUCUAUUCAAGGCUAUGGUUUUUCCAAUGGUCAUGUAUGGAUGUGAGAGUUGGACUGUGAAGAAACCUGAGCGCCGAAAAAUUGAUGCUUUUGAACUAUGGUAUUGGAGAAGACUCUUGAGAGUCCCUUGGACUGCAAGGAGAUCCAACCAGUCCAUCCUAAAGGAGAUCAGUCCUGGGUGUUCAUUGGAAGGAUUGAUGCUGAAGUUGAAACUCCAGUACUUUGGCCACCUCAUGUGAAGAGUUGACUCAUUGGAAAAGACCCUGAUGCUGGGAGGGAUUAGGGACAGGAGGAGAAGGGGACAACAGAGGAUGAGAUGGCUGGAUGGAUGGACAUGAGUUUGAGUAAAUUCCGGGAGUUUGUGAUGGACAGGGAGGCCUGGCAUGCUGCGAUUCAUGGGGUCGCAAAGAGUUGGACACGACUAAGCAACUGAACUGAACUGAUAGUUGAUUUACAAUGCUGUGUUAACUGCUUCUGUCCAACAGAGUGGCUCAAUUACACACACACACACACACACACACACACACACACACACACGUAUAUUCUUUUUCAUAUUCUUUUCCGUUAUGCUUUGUCACAGGAUACUGUGCUAUAUACAUUGUUGUUUAUCCACUCUAUAUAUGUUUGUCUCUACUAAUUCCAAACUCCCAUUCUUUUCCUCCCCUACUCCUCCCUCUAGGCAACCACUUUUUAUAUCUGUGAGUCUGUUUUUGUCUUGUAGAUAUGUUGAUUUGUAUUGUAUUUUAGAUUCCACAUAUAAGUGAUGUUAUGUGGUAUUUGGCUUUCUGACUUUGCCUAGUGUGAUAAGCUCUAGGUCCAUUCACGUUGCUGCAAAUGGCAUUAUUUCAUUUUCUUCCAUGGGUGAGUAGUAUUUCUCUGUGUGUGUGUAUGGUGUGGUGUGUGUGUGUGUAUUCCACAUCUUCCAUGGGUGAGUAAUACUCCAGUGUGUGUGUUCCACAUCUUUAUCCAUUCAUCAUUUUCUUCCAUGGGUGAGUAGUAUUCCUGUGUGUGUGUGUGUGUGCGCAUGUGUGUGUAUUCCACAUCUUCUUUAUCCAUUCAUCUAUUGGUGAACAUUGUGGUUGUUUCCAUGUCUUGCCUAUUGUAAAUAGUGCUGCUAUGAACAUAGAGGUGCUUGUAUCUUUUUGAAUUAUUAUUUUGUCUGAGUAUGUGCAAAGAGGUGGGAUUGCUGGAUCAUACGGCAACUCUUUUAGUUUUUUGAAGAAUCUCCAUACUGUUUUCCCACCAACAGUAUGAGAAGGGUUUCCUUUUCCUUCUACAACAUUUGUUACUUAUAGACUUUUUAAUGAUGGACAUUCUGGUUGGUGUGAGGUGGUACCUCGUUGUAGUUCUGAUUUGCAUUUCUCUAAUAUUUAGCACUGUUGAGUGUCUUUCUAUGUGCCUACCAGUCAUCUGAGUGUCUUCUUUGGGGAAAUGUCUGAAUAGAUGUGGAAUAUAUAUAUACAUUCUGAAGUCUGGGAGAGUUAUGCCUAUUUGUCUUUCAACACUUUAAUUUCAAUAUUUUAAAAACACUUUCUUGAAUAAGUAGUCUUCAUAGGUCUGUUUUUCUUAAUGAAAAAUGAAUUUAUUUUAGUUGGAAGCCUGUUUGGCUUGCUGAUGGUAAAAAAUGUUAGAAGUUUAUUCUCUGAACAUUAUAAUUGCAUUUUUCACUGUUUAUCAAUCUUGAAAUUUCCUAUUUCUCUGGAGGUAGUCUAGUAUAGUUCAAAUAAAAUGAGUUAUAUAGACAUGACAAAGCAUAUUAUUUGUGAAAAUGGCAGGAAAUUGGAGUUAUUUUAAUGAUGGCUAAGAAUUUUUUUCACUUUUAUCAUUUGCUACUAAACUGAAUUCUGAGAAAUUCAUGAUACUGAAUAUAUUAAUAUGUAAUAACAGUAUAAGCAAAGAUUUUAAGUAAAUGUGUCAUUUUGCCAAGAAUUCAUUUUUUAACCUGUUAUCCAUGAGUGAAAUAGAAAUAUAAGGAAAUGCAAGAAGAGAGCAAAGGGCAGCUUUAAAUGAUAUAAUUUUGUUAGGAGUGGGAGCCACAGCAAGAGAACUCUAUUCUCCUUAUUUUAUCCUCCAGUAAGAUAAGAGCGUUACAGAAGUGGCUAAGCUAAUCCAGGUUAAGAAGAUGAGUGAAGUAGGAGUUUUUGUUCUUUUCUAGGAAAGAAAUGGAGUGUUAAUCAUGAAUCCUCUUAGAUCUAAAGUUAUUUUGUGAAUCUCUGGUUAAAUCUAUGAGUUUUUUGCCAAAUUAUGUUGACACAUGGCUGAGGGUUUUGUUUUAUUUCUAUCUUCUUUGGUCUGAAAUAUAAUUCAGAAGCACUGUUGUAUUUUUCAACUCCUGAGGUUGGUUUGGUUUGUUUCUUUGCUUUAAAGUAAUUUUUUUUUUAAUUGGUAUUCUCUAUCUGGUGAGACAUUCUGGCCUGGAGAAUUCCAUGGACUGCUUAGUCCAUUGGGUCACAGAGAGCUGGACGCAACUGAGCGACUUUCAUUUUCACUUCUUCACACGUUAGUUCUUUAGACAUAGUUUCCUUUAGUUCAUUGAAGGCUUUAUUCUGUGUGUGAAUCGUACUCUCUUGUUUAUGUGUCUGUCUCAUAAUUUUGGGUUGAAAAUUGAAAAUUUAGAAUAAUAGAAAAUGGCAGCUCUGCAAUCAAAGCUGCCCCUGUUCCCAAGGUUUGUUGUUUGUUUGUUGAUUUUUUGCUAUUUUUGUUUUUUGUGUAGUGAUUGUCUAGACUAAUUCUUUGAGUCUGUGUUUGUUGUAUGUGGCCACCAAAGUCUGCUUGGUUACAUUAGUGGUCAACUAAUGACUUGACAGACUUCCUUAAAUACCUAUAACUAAUAGGUCUCCAAUCUGCCUUCAGUACAUAACCAGGCAUUUUACAACUUUGCCUUAGCCUUCGCUUUUGCUUGUACAGAGCCUCAUGUCAGUCCUCAAGAUCAGUCUUGAGAGUGUAGGACCUUCUCAGGUCUUUCCUGAUCAUGCACAGAGGUCUGUGUAUGCAUGUGGUCUUCAUGAUCCCCAGAAAGAUUUUGGAGAUUUCAAAGUCCCAGUGGACUUUCUGUUCUGCUUUAAGCUUUUUGCUUAACCAUAACACAUUGUUUUCCCUGACUAUUAAAACUGUUACCCACUGCCUCAGGCUACCCUGAUAUUCAACAGUUGUGUUUCAUUGUUUUUGACAGAUACCUCUAGGGAAAAGGCCGUUUUAUAACAGCAACUCUUGUCAAGUUAAAUAAAAACAGCCUUUGAGUGGCAUCUUCCAGGGAUCAUCAGACAGUUCCAAUAAUUCUCUUGGAUAGGGUUUUGAAAGAACCUCAUUUGCCCUCUGUAGUGGCUGCCAGACUGCUGAUUUUUCUGCUAUGAUUGUAGUCUCUUGUUUUUAGGCUACCAUGGUACUAGGGAGGGGGUGAUGGAAAUAGGAUAAGUUAAAACACCAUGGAGUUCUUACCAAGAUUCAGCUGUUCUUGGAUAAAUGCUCCCUGGACUGCUGUUAAGCUGUUGGUUAAUUUCCAGAGUUCUAAAAAAGCUGAUUCUAACUUUUUUUGGCCAGUGUUUUUAUGCUGUUUUGGAGAAGAGAAUGUUUGUUAGGUCUAUACUGUGUCAUUUUCAGUGACAUUCCAGGUUGUCUUUUAAGCCUCUCCGAUACAUUUUUUGCACGCUUUAGACAAACUCAUCUUACUUGUUUUAAAAUCACUAUUCACUUCUCAUUGCUCUUAGAGACCAAAAUUUUCAUUUUUGACCUACAAAGUCAUGCAUUGUCUUGCAUUCUCUUUUCUUCAGUUGUUUUUCACUGUAUUGCUCUUUCCUUACUUAAAGUUGCCUUCAGUCAUUUAAGUAGAUUUUUGUGUCACCUUCCAUUUUAUAGCAGGCUUCCCAGAUGGCUCAGAUGGUAAAGUAUCUGCCUGCAAUGUCGGAGACUUGGGUUCGAUCCCUGGGUUGGGAAGGUCCCCUGGAGAAGGUAAUGGCAACUCCAGCAUUCUUGUGUGGAGAAUCCCACGGGCAGAGGAACCUGGUGGGCUACACAGUCCAUGGGAUCACAGAGUCAAACACGACUAACACCACAGUUUCAUAAUAAAAAAAACUAUAGGAAUUUUGAUUGGAAUUGCAUUGAAUAUAGUUUAGUUUAGAAGAAAAUUGCUAUUUUAGUAUUUUACUGUUGUCAUAUAUGAAAAUGGCAUAUUUCUUUAUUCAGGUGUUCUAUAUAUCCUUUAGUACAAUUUUAUCAUUUUUUCCCGUAAAGAUGACAUCCAUCUCUUGUUAGAUUUAUUUGUAGGUACCUUAUAGCCCUGUUAUUGUAUAAGGAAACUUUUUCUAAUUUAUUAAUUAUAAAAGCUUCUGUUUUUUGUUAUUGUUGAUUUAAUUUUAGUAAAUAUAGUUCUAAUAGUUUGCCUCAUGGUUCUUUCGUAUUUCCUUUGUAGACAAUCAUAUUGUCUAUAAACAAGGAUAAUUUUGUCUCUUUUUAGUUCUUUAACCUCAUAUUUCUUGUUUCACUAUGUGAUUAUGAGUGUUUUAUUAUAUUGCCUGAAAACUACAAUAUAGAGAUAAAUAGAAGCAAUGAUAGAAACUUUGUUACAUUCCUGACUUUAAUGGAAAUUGCUUAUGAAAUUUCUCAAAUGUGAUUUUUGCUUUAAGUUUUGGAUACUAUUUCUAGUUUACUAAUAAUUUUUAUCCUAAGAGUAUUAAACUUUAAACUUUAUUUUUUUAGCAUCAAUAUGAAUUUAUAAUGUUUUAAAGUUAAAUCAUUUCUUGUAUUCCUGUAUUUUGAAAUUCCUUGGUUUUUUAAUUUAAUUUGAUUCAGUGCACUCUACUAGUUCUUUUACCAGUGACCUCCAUUUCUGAAGUCUUUUGCUUAAUUUCCUAAUGGAGUAGUUUUUUAACAUGUUCUCGUGGGGCAUUAUUUCCUAAAUUCUUAAUUGUUAAGGAAUGAUUGUCUGUUGUUUUUAUCACCUAAAUAAUCUGAAUGGGUGUACUAUCUCUCGAAUAACAAUUUAUUUCAAAACUUUGUAGACUUUAGUCAUUUUCGCUGGGACUGAAUGUUUUUAUUAGAAAGUACAGUACUGUAGUUAUUUUAUCCCACUUCCAGUGAAUUACUUUCUUAUUGGCUUGGAGAGCUGGUGACUAUUUUCUUUAUAUCCUUUAAGUUCUGUGUGUUUUGGUACAAAUAAUUUUGAAUUACUUUCCCUGGAAUACAUUGUUACUUUUUACCUGAAAUAUUUAGCUAUUUCUUUUCAUAGAAUUUUAUUUUCAUCACGUCAAUACUUUUUCUGAUCCAUUUGCUUUUUAUCUCU